UGCAUUUUUUUGAUGGAUCAACAUGUUCAAGUUGUAGAAUUUAUCGAUGAUGAAGAAAUUCUUAAGAAAAAGAGAAAGAAACAAUCUUUGCGAGCUCGAUAUGUUUAUGGUUUCGUUUUCUUCGCAACAAAUAUAUUAGCAUGGGUUCUUCGGGAUUAUGGAAACAUUGUUUCGGAUGAGCUACAUUACUUAAGAAUUUGUCGAAAAAAGGAAGAAGAUUGUUCUCAUUCGAAAGGCGUGCUUCGAGUGAGUUUGGGAUGUUUUAUAUUUUUCUCAUUCAUGUUUUUUACCACAUUGGGAACAAGAAAGUUGAAUCAAAUUAGGAAUUCAUGGCAUUCAAAUUGGUGGAUUCUGAAAUUGGUUUUGUAUCUUCUUUCAGUAAUGGUUUCAUUUCUGAUCCCUGACGUGUAUAUUCAUAUUUACGGUGAAAUAGCUACGUAUCGGUGCCGGGUAAUUUUGAUUUUACAUGCAUUCCUUUUUUUAAUUUAUUGA